CACAGACAAAGCGUGCUGUAUGGCGCCUGACUUCCUGGUCGUUCUCAGCCAAUAGGAACAGGGCGUAGGGGCAUGUGGGCGGCACGCGAGGUGUCUGGAGCGCGCCCGCCGGGUUGAUCGGUGACCGGAAUAGAGGGUGACAUCGCCCGCAGAUGGUGGGGAUGAACCACAAGAGUAAGAAGCGAAUAAAGGAGGCGAAGCGGAGCGCUCGGCCCGAGUUGAAGGACUCGCAGGACUGGAGCCGGCAUAACUACAUAGAGGUGUUUCGCCUGAGCCCGGGCAGCGUGCAGGAUAAUGUAGAGCGUGUGGAUGCUACACAGCUGACCACAGAAGACUUUAUUGAGCGCUUUGAAAAGCCAUAUAAGCCAGUUGUGAUUGUCAAUGCCACGCUAAGUUGGCCAGCUCAUGAGAAAUGGACCUUAGAGAGGCUAAAACGCAAGUAUCGCAACCAGAAGUUUAAAUGUGGAGAAGACAAUGAUGGGUAUUCUGUUAAGAUGAAGAUGAAAUAUUACAUUGAGUAUAUGGAGGGCACCCAGGACGACAGCCCACUAUACAUCUUUGAUAGCAGCUAUGGGGAGCACCCUAAAAGAAGGAAAUUGCUAGAAGAUUAUGAUGUGCCAAAGUAUUUUCGCGAUGACCUCUUCCAAUUUGCGGGUGAGAAACGCCGACCACCAUACAGAUGGUUUGUGAUGGGUCCUCCCCGCUCUGGAACAGGAAUUCACAUUGAUCCACUAGGAACCAGUGCUUGGAACUCCCUGGUCCAUGGGCACAAGCGUUGGUGCCUCUUUCCCACCAAUACCCCACGUGAGCUGAUCAAAGUAACAAGAGAAGAAGGUGGUAAUCAGCAGGAUGAAGCCAUCACCUGGUUUAAUGUGAUCUACCCUCGUACAUUGCUUCCCACCUGGCCUCCUGAAUUCAAACCGUUAGAGAUCUUGCAGAAGCCUGGAGAGACUGUGUUUGUACCAGGUGGUUGGUGGCAUGUAGUACUGAACGUGGACACUGCUAUCGCUAUUACCCAAAACUUUGCUAGCUGCACUAAUUUCCCAGUGGUUUGGCACAAGACUGUGAGAGGGAGACCUAAACUUUCAAGAAAAUGGUAUAGGAUCUUAAAGCAGGAACAACCUGAGCUUGCUGCAUUGGCGGAUACUGUGGAUUUGCAGGAAUCUACAGGAAUUGCAUCGGACUCUUCUAGUGACUCUUCCAGUUCCUCUUCCUCCAGUUCUUCAGAAUCUGGCUCUGAGAAUGACUCGAGCUCUGAGGCAGAGACUAUGUCCCACCGAAAGAAAAAGAGGAGAACAUGCAGUGGGAUGGGCAAUGGUGACAGCACCACGCAUGAUGACUGCGUCAGCAAAGAACGGAGCUCUUCCAGGUGACAGAAACACUACGACUGUGAUGGCUUCUCUAUGUAGUCUCAUGUGGUGGGAUUUCCCUAAUCUGCUGCUAAGAACCUGCAGAGUAAUUGAGUGCCAUCAUUUUAUAUAAUAUACUGCACAUUAAAGACUUUAAAUAUGUGUGUAAUAAGUAUAUAGAUUAUAAUAUUAUACACACUCGCUCUCAAUAUUAGUGAUCGUUCCAAUUGGCAACUGCUAGAGACACAAACUCCAGUUGGUUGAAUACUUGAAAACCUGUGGUAAUUUCCUUUGGGAGUGAUUAUGCAGAAUGCUAUAACUUGAACAAAAAUCAUUGUGAAAAUAAAACCAUGCCCUAAUCCAACAACAUGUGCAGGAAUGUGAUAUGUAAUAUAGUGUACAUGGAUUUCUCAGUGUUUGAUCUCGAGCUGAUUACUGUAUGAGCCUAGAAUUAUUGUCAUAACGCCAUCUCCUGCAGAGAAUGAGCAUAGGAAAAGUUGUAGUUGGAGCAGAAUGUUCUACUUUGUUUGUUUCCUUGAUUGUCUUACAGUGUGUUGGCCUCUGUAACUGGAUUUGUUUCAAAAGCUUUUUUUUUUUUCCUUGCAUCAAACUUACUUGGUUGCCUCAAGAGGAAAAAAGAACGUUCCCCUCCAUUACUUGAGACUCCUGUUGUAGACCUAUAGUGAGCAUUGGAAAAAAUGAUGUGCAUUUUUUUGGUGUGCCCAGGAAUGAUUCAUGAAGCUGGCCUUAGUAAACUUGAGCUAACAGGCCUGUUCAAGAUGUGAUUCCAGAGUUUCUGUCUGCUCACAAAAACAAUUAGCCAACAUAUUCCCUUAGUGUACACCCAAAUGUCCUUUCUUCCUUUAUAGGCACUCAUUCUGUUAUUUUCAGAUUUAAUAGUACGGACUUGAGUUCUUCCUGCUGAAUUGUUUCUGGAGUUGAGUUUGUUAUAUAGAUGUUUGGAGACCUUUAUACUCUCCUUUUUGUGAGAAGUCCAUUUACUAAUUUAGAGUUGGGAAUCCAGAAAUUGAAUGAGUUAUUUAUGAUUAGGGAUGGGAUACUUGAUUGCUUAAUAAAUGGAUUUGUUACAAAUCCCCUGAAGUGCAGUAAAACCUAACCACUAGGUGGUGCCUUACUGUGUAUGAAGACUGUUUUUGCUGGUGGGAUUCUCUUUAUAGUUGGCAAAGAUAUGCAGACAAAGCUGCAUACAAUACAUUUUAUAUAACAUAGUAAUGAAACAUUUUGAUAUCUCCCCUUUUAAAAUUGUUAAUGUUUUUAGACAGAACAUGAUGUUAUGUGUUUGUCUAGUUCAUGUGUGGUGCCCACUGGCAGAGAUAAAUAUACUAUUACAUACAAUAUUGCUUUGGGUAAUACUGCUAAUAUAUAGAGAUGACAUGUAGCUGCUUGUGCCACAAAGGAGGAUACAUGGUUCUUAAUAAAUGUAGUUGGACAAGUAAUAUUCCUUCAUAAUCUGUUAACAUGCAGAAGUUCAGAAGAGGUCCUAGAUAUAUCCAGUCCAUAUAGUUUUAGAAAAGCAAGAGAUGAUGGGUAUACACAUAUAGAUAUUCAGUACUUUGUAUGGAUAUAUAUCUCUUUCCUCAUUGAAAACACAAACCAAAUGAUAGAAUAGUCCACCUUUGCAAACAGAACGGUAUUUCAGCUGCUCCCCUAGAAAAACAAACAUUUUACAUUUCCAGAACUAACUUAUUACCCUCCAGGAACAGAGUAAUAUUCUCGCUGCAGCUGAAUAAUCUCCGAUAUUUUCUGACUGGCAAAGUAGACUGGUUUAACUGGAUCAGCCAUAGGUGUCUUCAUUAGUUAUAACAACAAACCUGAUAUGUGUAUUUUAGAUUACAGUCCGUGUUCAUUGUUGUGUUAAUCUCCCUUUCCUUCAUUUGAGUAAUUAUUAUUUUUAAAUAUGCUUUUUUUAACGAAAAUAAAAUUGAUGUAUUCAAA